ACCACCUCAUCCAGGCUCUGCUCCUCCGACUGCCGACCACUCAAGCUCAUUCCAAAUAUUUGUGCUGCGCUAUGGCCGAGAGGUACGCCAACUCAUACCAUGGGAGAAAGAGCAAAUUCCUGGGCAAUGAAGCUCGGGUGGCACCAGCAUGGAAAGACCAGGCGAAAGCCAGGACAGCAAACGGACAGCUAGCUCCGAAGAGCAAGAUUAUCCUAAGUUAUCUCCCACCCGAUGUUGGUCCAGACGAGGUUAACAGCCUGUUUGUGAAGACAGUCGGACCUGUCCAGGAUGCAUUCGUAGUCUACAACUCGCAAGGCAAUUCGAAGGGCAUGGCUGUAGUGGCCUUCUAUAAACCAGAGUCGGCUACGCUUGCACGCCAGAAGUACAACGGGAAAAUCAUCGACGGCAGACGUCCCAUAAAGAUCGAGAUUAUCAAGGACGAAGACGAUGCACCAAGAGCCAACGGAGUGCCACAGGCUGCACCGUCUCUGCUCCAGCGAAUGGCAGGCCCCGCGCCUAUAUUCACAGCGCAACCGCAAAGUUCAAAACAGUCGACCAAGAAAGCGGCUGCAUCAACCCGUGCACCCGCUGCAGCGGCCUCUCGUGUUGCUGCAAACCCUCCCCGUAAGCAAAGGCGAAAGAAGGGGCCGAAGAGGGUGAAAAAGGCAGUUACUGUUGCUGACCUGGACGCCGAGAUGGAAGACUAUCGUGCUCAGGCUCAGGCGACCGAGGAUGUGAAGGACUAGUGAUUCUCACAAACUGUGUCUCUAGGCGAAACGCUUGUCUCAAAUCACCUUCCUUCUCUUGGUGCUUCUGUUGUAUAUCGUUCGUUAAGUAAUUAAUGCUGUCCAU